AUGACGACUUCCUCAUCGCCCGCGGGGCUCGUACCGCUACGGCAACUACGAUGGUCAGCGCUGCCCCCUGUUGAUCUUCUACAGGAGUGCCGCUGGCUCGUCAACUUGGACAGCAGGACGAGUGCCAAUCCUGCCCGAAAGCCUCGGGUUAUUGAAGAACAAGCUCAUCAUAAGCACGAGCCGCCGAGCGAGAUGCACACGAACGAGCUGCAAAACCUCUGCAAACACAAGUCGCCGUACCGUCGGCCGCUGCGCCGGCCGAAGCCACCCGCGCCAUCGCCCGGAUCACCAGCACAGCGAGCGGCGAAAAGUAUCUUGAAGCUGAAGGAGGGGCUGCUUCGACUGGACGGUACGACGUGGGCUGGGCCAGACUGUCAAGACGACCAGGCAACUGGCGGCUUACCACCGCGCCAGCUUAUACAUACACAGCAAACCGCACGCAGACCAGGUGAUCAGCUGUCGACUGAGUCAAACCUGAAUGGAACGACUCGAUCCAGAAGUUCAAGUCCCAGCAGAGCGAGGAUACUGCAGCGAAGUCCGAGUAGGAAGAAGAAGAAACAGCGACCACCGACUCGUGAAGAGCGCGAGCUCGCUGAGAAGCAGGGGCGACUGGCAGAGUGGCUGAAAGCGAACCCCGAUGCAACCCCCACGAAUGUGGUUGAAGGCUCAGGAAGAUCGAUGAAAGAGUCCACCCCAAGCUACUCGACCGAAGUUCAAGCUCGAAUCGACUCGGCGAUGCAAUGCCGAGGUCCACUCGAGUCGGGAGUUAGGCUUUGGGACGACCCUGUGCGCUCGCUACUCGCAGCAGAGAUGACGAGUGAGUCGGUGUUCGGCGGACCAGUCCCCACACGCGCGUUAGCAUUCGAGCCGCCUCAGGUCGAAUCUCCUUCCUGCUCUCCCGAUGCUGGAACUACUGAGGACUCACCACAAGCGCCACCGCUGGAGGAAGCAUCUUUGACCCCGGUGGAACCUACUGCAGCAAUAGAUCUGGAGGACCAAACAAAGGUGGAGGAAGUUCAUGACGAUGUCGAGAUGUCCGACCACGCUCAUAAGGUUUUCGACACGGCUCACCGUCAGGUUGCCGACGGAGCUGUUGUAGACGCUCUUGCUACCCUCGAAGAUGGAAUUCGCCAAUCGCUCUCAAUUUCGCAGGCGCAUCUGGAUGCGGUGAGCGGUUCCAAUGGUGCAGGGUUCAACUACUCGGUUCUUGCACACAAGAGCGCGGUCAAGCUACAGCUCCAUUAUCGCGCUCGUCACCGUCGACGAGUGAACAAGUUGGUGUUUCUACAGAGGCAAUGGCGCUGGUGGCAUGCUCGACACAAGGCAUUGAAAUCGCUUCAGUAUGCCAACAGGCAGGCGGCGGUCAUCCAGCAACGGUACCGACCAUGGCAAGCUCAUAUCACGCAGGUGCGCAGCGUUGUGCGCAUCCAGCGCUGCUUCCGCAUGUUUGAGAGUCAGAAGCACGUUAUUCGCUUCAGACAACUCUGCCGGCUUAUAUUAGCUCGGCGAGCCCGCCAUCGACAGGUGAAGGCACGAAUGCGGAUGCUCGGACGACUGGUACUCUUGCUGCGUAAGCGAAGGCGGAGAAUCGCGCUAAUACAAGGUCUAUGGCGUCGACGCUGUGCCCGUGCUGAGUUAGUCACAAGGUUGGCUCACGUCAUUGCUACAGAACUGAGUCGUCGUGCAAGAGAAGACGAGUUUGUUGCAACAAAGUUGGCCAAGGUGCGCGUACAUUUGAGAGAGUUUCUAUCUAGCACGAAACCCGGACGCAAUCUCGUGCAGUGGCAACAAGAAAAACCAUGGCUGCGCUUCCGGCGCCUGCGUCACGACACCAGCAAAUGGGACGAGCUAUCAAUGGCCGAGAAGAUUGACGCUGCAACUGGAAUACUCUCCGGCCGCAGGUUUCGAGGACUGGACCUGCGUGCACUCUGCCAAAUGAUUGUGGGGAGGGACCAACAGCUUCAUGCACUUCCAAAGAGGUUCAAGGUCUCGAAAGAUAGUCUAUGCGUACUAGCAGAGCUCACUGCUGCUCCAGGUGCACCGAAACUGAACCAGACGGUUGGAUGUUGCGCUUGCUGGUCGUGGUGGGCAAGUGCAAGUGAAAAAUUGAGGUGUACUCGUGCGAAGCUCUCUCGUAGUGCUGCAACUUCGUGGUGGGCAUGCAUCACUUACCCGAAGGAGUUCUGUGCUGCUCGGAUUCGGCCCAUGCGGGGGCUUCGACGGGAUAAGGCACGAAAGCAAAUGGAGGACAAUUGCGCGCGUGUGCUGGAAGCAUUCUGCCGGGUAUGGUUCCGCCGUAUCGACAGUAAGAGGAAUACACCUCCCUAUGCGUGUGAGUGGUGUGCUGAAGCAUUCGGCACGUCUCGCGAGUAUUUCGCGCAUGAGAAAUGUGCUGCAGCUCGGGCAUUAGCAGAAGCAGAAUGGACAGCAUUGAGCCAGGACCUGCAGUUCGUGCGUCGCAAGUGGUGGCGACUGGCGAAGCAGAGCCAUGGCAGCCCC